AUGUACGCGCAAGGGUCACCGGGGUAUCACACCCCGUACACGUCCCCCUAUGCUUCCCCCUACACCUCCCCCGCCAUGGGGGGGCAGCUUCCGCGUCGGCCGAUCCCCAUGCCUUCCGGUUCCGCGCCCGCCACCCCCUCUUCCGGGGACGCGCGGCUCGCCGCAUCUCACGGCUUCCAGUACAACGCGCGCGUCGCCACGGCGCUGCUGCCGUGCGUGCUCGUGCUUCUAGGCGCCGGCGGACCGCUCGUUGUAGGCACACUCGUCGCGGGGCUCAUGAUCUCCUACAUCCUCGACGCGCUCCAGUUCAAAAACGGCGCUUUUGUCGCCAUCUGGUGCACCUUCUUCACCACGGCGGCCGCGCUCGCGUUCUCCGGCCUCGGCUUCGCGCCGCACAUCCCCGUUAUAAUCUCCGUGUUGAUCCUCCUCACGGCGAUGCACCUCGUGUUCUUCUGCGGCGUCUGGGUAUCCCUUCAAUUCCGCUGGCUGCAACUCGAGCAUCCGUUUGUAGUCCUCGCGUUAGAGCGACUCCUGUUCGCAUGCACGCCCAUGACAGCCAUCGCUAUAAUCACAUACGGGCUCAUCGCCGCGAUCGGCGCGGCCCACGCGCCGUUCUACCUCAUGCCGUGCCUGUUCGCGCUCUAUUGGCUCUUCUCCCUCCCGCGCGCCUCCUCCUUCAAAUCCUCCAAGCACACGCUACAGCAGCAGCAGCAGCAGCAGCAGCAGGCCAGGCACGGAGGCAAAGAAUCCUCCCAGGAUGUGUGGAUCAUCGGAGCGAUGGAGGGGUUGUUUCACAUGAUGCUCGUGCUGUUCCUGCCGUGCGGGUUCCACCUGGCGGUGCAUCAUAAUAGGAUCUUUGAGUCGGCGAAUGAAGCGUGCGACACGCUGCUGCUCUUCUUCGUGCCCGUGCUCUUCGUGCUGUACGCGUCGAGGAAGGGCGCGCUCAAUUGGCUCACGACUGAUAAGGCCAAGCUCAAACGGGUGCAAGUGCUCAACGGGGGGUUCUCCCUGGCGGUCGUGCUCAUCUGCUUCGAGAUCCGCGUGCAAGUGCUCAACGGGGGGUUUUCCCUGGCAGUCGUGCUCAUCUGCUUCGAGAUCCGCGUCAUCUUCACCUCCUACGGCCACUACAUUCACUUCCCGCCGCCCCUCAACUACCUGCUCGUCACGCUCGCGCUCUUUGGCCUCGGAUUCGGCUUCGCCGCGCACAUGAUGGGCGUGCUGAGGGGUGCAGUGGGGUCCGCAGUGGUGACGACCGUGCUGCUGGUGUCUGCUGUGGCGGGAUCGCUGGUCAUUGGCAUGCCUGUCACGGUGCUCCCCGCCCCAGCCAUAGCAGCCGCCUACCUCGCCCAUUACUACACCACGGGCAGCAUCACCUCCUACUUCAUCUUUGCAGCAGCUUCGUUACUAGCAGCAGCGUGGUUCGUUAUGGACCAGUACUUCGCCCUCGCUAUAGUCUUCGCAGGGAUGACCCUCAAGGCCAUCUGCCAGCAGCUGCUACUCGCGCUCCUCCUGGCUCUGCUCGUCCCCGGAGCAGCCCUCUUCCAGAAGUCACAGCGGGUGGUGGGGGUCAUCGUGGUGGCUCAGGCAUUCCUGUUCUCCGGGCUGGAGUUUCUGCUGUACAACGGAGAGGCUCACGCGGAGGGGGGCGUGUACCCCGCAUUCCUGGUGCUCGCAACCACGGUGGCCGGGUUUGUCGCGAUGCGGAAGCUGCGGAUCGCAGGGAAGAUUGGAGGGGUGGCGGAGUGGGUGGGCGUGUGUCUGUACCUCGCGAAGCUGCCCAUGCUCGUGGUGCACUCGCAGGGCGUGCUGCUUGGGCGUGCUGCUUGGCAGUCAGCUGCUGCUUCUUGCAAUCUCGCCUCCAUUCUUCCUCUACCAAAGCUGCCCAUGCUCGUGGUGCACUCGCAGGGGGUGCUGCUUGGCAGCCAGCUGCUGCUUCUUGCCAUCUCACCGCCCUCCUUCCUCUACCAGGACAAAGCUCGCCCCGGGUCGCGCAUGAAGCCAUGGAUGGGAGUGAUGCACGCGGCCCUGGUGCUCCUCACAGUGCUCUUCUGCCGCUACGUCAUCUUUGACGUCAUCGUCUCUGCCUCGGGUCACAAGCCCUCCCACGCGCUACUCAUCGGCUCGCUGGGUCUCAUCACCAUAGCCGGCUGUCUGCCUAUAGUGGCCCUCCACUUCCCCAACAGCCUCAAAGCGAGAAGGGCAGCAGCGCUGGCAAUAGCAACCUGUCUGCUCUUCCUCGUCCUGCAGCCACCUCUCCCCCCCGCAUGGCACGUGGUGUGGGAUGAGGACCACUUCCCUGACGACGAUCCAGACGACUCCACCAUCUAUGGGCUCAGCGUGGAGGGCCCUGUCUGGCCCGUGUGGCUGCUGCUGGGGACCAUUGUAUCUGCCCUGGCAGCAUUCUUCUCUGCUAUCCCCAUCGCCAAGGUUGAGUCCGUUCGUCUCAUCUACUCGGUCGCCAUCGGUCUAUCUACGGGACUCUACCUCACAGCCAAGUUCAUCCCCCUCGCACCUAUCCUCUGCCGCCUCCUCCUCCUCGCCGCCUCUGUCCUCGCCGCCCUCUUCCUCGUCCUCACCCACCACCCCACCGCCUGGAGCGGGCGGCUCAUGCCGCCCCUCUUCGCCGCCCAGAUCCUGCUCUUCCCGCUGCAGUGGUUGGCGCUCGGACGGGCGAAUUUGGUGGACAAUGGGGAUGGGGAAGAGGUUCCGGAUUUCUACGAGGAAACACGGCUGGAGACCUACGCCAACUCCCUCAGCGCCAUCUACUGCACCUUCUUCCUCCUUUCCGCCCUCGUCAUCAAGUUCAAGCUCUCAGCAGCACUACGGGACAAGCUCGUGGGUGCUGGUGCAGGCAGCGGCCGGGCGGCAGUGGGAGGAGUGGGCGGCGAGGGUUCAUCGACCAAUGGAGAGUCGGCUCUGCCCAAGAGCUCUCCGUUUGGCCCCAAACACAGAGCCAUACAGACGCGCCCUCUGAACCUGCUGGCCUCCUUCUUCUCGCGCAAGGCCUGGAUGCCCCUUGUCGGCAACAUCAGCACCAUCCUGGCGUUCCUCCUCGCACUCCUCCUCUCCUCUGAGUUCGCCACCACAGACAAUGCCAACCACACCAUCUUCCUGCUCGUCCCCAUCCUCCUCCUCCUCAACCAGGACUCCCAAACCCUCGGCUCCUCCUUCACAGACCGCCACCGCUACUUCCCGCUCACUGCCGUGCUCUCAGGCUACCUCCUCUUUACCGAUUUCCUCCUGCUCUUUUCCGAGGCCUAUUCUGGGAUUUACUACUGGGGAACGGAGUGGUUCUCAGAGGAUGACGCAUUUUUCCAGUGCGCGAAAUCGCUCCUCCUGCUGCUCCUCUGCGUGCCGAUGCACUACGUGUUUAAUCGGUUCAUGUGGGAUAAUAAGCGGCGCGCGGAUUACCUGCUGCUCGUGCUGGGUCCGUUGUGCCUGCCUGCUGCCUUGCUGCCGACGGGAGGGGAUGAGCUGCCGUCUAUAAGGACGGCCGGGUGCCUUGGAGUGGUGUAUGCUGUGGUGCAGUAUUUGGUUUCUCGGCAGGUUAGAAUCGCAGGGAUGAAGUUUAUCUGA